CAGUUCAAUCCGAACAGAGCUGAUUGGGCGAGAAAGAAGUGCUCAAUCAUAACAGAUGGACCCCUCUUUGAAGUUUGUCGUCUGCACAUCACUAACUACAUGGAUUAUUAUAAGAACUGUCUCUACGAUGCUUGUGGUUGUGACAGUGGAGGCGAUUGUGAGUGCCUGUGUACUUCAGUGGCCACCUUCGCCAAGGAAUGCAGCGACAGAGGCUUCUACAUCAAGUGGCGAUCGCAACACUUCUGCCGUCAGUUUUUUAAUAUUUUUAGU